AUGCUGUACUCCUUCCCACCCGAUCAGGUGACAGAUCAGGGAGCGAAGUUCUGGUCUGGUACAAAACGUUGUCCACAUAUGCUCGAAUUUGAUCCCGCUCAGGAGGAGCAUCGCAACUUCGUCUAUGCUGCUUCAAUUUUGCGAGCAGAAGUUUACGGCAUCAAACCCAUCCUUGAUGUUGAUCUCGUCAUGAAAAUUGCAUCGUCGGUGCAGCCACCACCAUUUAAACCAAGAGCUAAUGUAAAAAUCGCGGUUACUGAUGCUGAAGCGAAAGAGAAUGCGGAAGCUGAGGAUGUCAACUCCGACACUGUUCUAGAACAAUUGAAAGUGAAACUUGCUCGACUGAACACCAAAACAAUUCAUAAGCUCAAUCCAAUUGACUUCGAAAAGGAUGACGACACCAAUCACCACAUGGAAAUGAUUACUGCCGCAUCCAACUUGAGGGCGGAAAAUUACUCGAUCCCUCCAGCUGACAGGAUGAAGACCAAACAGAUAGCUGGUCGCAUCAUUCCUGCAAUCGCAACCACAACAGCGACAGUAGCUGGUUUAGUGUGCAUUGAGCUGUAUAAGAUGAUCGCAUCCGAAGGUUUGCCGAAAACACCUAUGAAUCGUUUCAAGAAUGGCUUCAUCAACCUUGCUUUACCGUUCUUUGGUUUUUCUGAGCCAAUCGCUGCACAAGUCAAAAAAUAUAAUGAUAACACCUUUACGCUAUGGGACCGAUUAGAAAUUCAAGGACCAAAAUCGCUUCAGGAGGCUGUGGACUGGAUUGAGAACGAAACUGGUCUUGAAGUAACCAUGCUAUCGUCAGGGGUAUCGUUAAUCUAUUCCUUCUUUAUGGAUGCUAAGAAACGUGCUCAUCGCAUGCCUAUGGAUGUAAAAUCUGUUGUGGAAGAUGUGUCAAAGCGAGAGGUGCCUAAACAUCAGCGAUCGUUGGUUUUGGAAGUGAUGGCCACGGACCCAAAUACCGAUGCAGACGUCGAAGUUCCCUACAUUCGAUACGUGUUAUAG